CCUUCAAGUCAGAAUGUCAGAAAUCGAUUUGGCCAGUCUUGGACAACGUCUGGGCCAAAGUCUCAACUCUGCCACCCAUUUCCUUGCCCGCACCUCUUCCUGCUCGCCAGCCGUAUAUUGUUUGUCCGCUCAUUGUCUAGCAAUAACCGCUAAUAUGUCUUCGUUGCAACACAGACGAACACAAACAUUUGUACUCCGCUUUGAGGUGCCGAUGAACCUGCCGAUGAGUCCCAGACCGGCCAUUUCAGAGAUGCCCUCCUUCAAGUUGGGUUGAAAAUAACUUCUGUACACUGCUGUUUUAUUAGGAAGUCGAAUCCCUGUUCUUGCGAUACUCGGACCUCCGCUAUCUCGUCAUCGCUUUUUCGAGAGGGGACGUUCCAUACGUGGCCAAGAUGCCCAAUAUUCGUGUUCGAACUUCACUAGCACAUACAUAAUAGACCACCGGGCAUAACAUUAAUUUCGAGUCAGCCAUGUUCCCCGCUGCAUCCUUGUUGACAAUUAUUCUCCUGGCUUUGUCAAUCACGGCAUCGCCCAUUGAAGUUGGCAAUUCCCCCAUCACCCUCCCCAUUGCUAGGAGGCUAAACGUCUCCAAUGGUACCAUUAACCUCUUGCAGCAAGAUAGAGCUCGCGUGGUCGCCCUUAAGGACAACUCCUUGAGGCACGGCGGCCAUCAUAGCGCACCUGUUAUCGACGUUGCUAAUAAAUACCUCAUAGCAGCUGAAAUUGGCAGCCCCCCCACAACCUACAACUUGAUUGUCGACACCGGUAGUUCGAACACAUGGGUUGGUGCCAGCACUCCGUACGUGGUGACCAAAACCAGCGUCAACACCGGUCAGCCUGUGGCGAACAGUUACGGUACCGGUGUCUACUUCUCUGGAACUGAGUACACCGACACCGUCACUCUCGGUAGGGGGCUCACCAUCGCCAAUCAGUCGAUUUGUGUUGCUUCUAUUGCAAGGGGCUUCGUCAGUGUUGACGGUAUCCUUGGCAUCGGGCCUGUAGACUUGACAGAGGGUACCCUGGUAGAUGAACCGACAACGACGAUCCCGACUGUCACUAACAACCUGCAUAGCCAAGGCACUAUUCAUCGUGAGAUGUUUAGUAUCUCUUUUGAGCCCACCACUUCGGAGCCAGUCACCAAUGGAGAGCUCACCUUCGGAGGGACUAUCGCUAACAAGCACGCCGGCCCCAUUGCGUACACUCCUAUCACUACCACCGAGCGUGCAGCGAACUAUUGGGGUAUCGACCAGAGCAUUUCCUAUGGCUCCACGACGAUCUUGUCCUCCAAUGCUGGUAUCGUCGAUAGUGGAACCACCUUUCUUUACAUUGCCAGCGAUGCUUACAGGAUGUACAUGUCUGCAACCGGCGGUAAUCCGGAUCCGGACACUGGUCUUCUUCUCAUUUCUUCCACCCAGUACAAUGCCCUCGAGAACCUGAACUUCCAUAUCGGAAGCGAAACCUACACUCUCACCCCUAACGCCCAAAUCUGGCCUCGUUCUCUCAACACCUACAUUGAUGGUAGCAUCAACGCCAUAUAUCUCAUCGUUAACGACAUUGGUACGCCCAGUGGCGAAGGAUUUGACUUCAUUAACGGCUACACAUUCCUCGAACGCUUCUACUCUGUGUUCGAUACCACCCGCUCCCGCAUCGGCUUUGCCCAAACUCAGUACACUAACGCCACCACUAACUAAAAUGAAGCUGUCCAAGUACACAAAGGAUCGUUUUUCAGACGCGAAGCAGCAUUACAAAUUUGACGGUUGUACGGAUGGUUCUUAUGUAGGCCAUGUAAGUCUUACUCCUCGAUCGAGUCUAUGC